UCUAAUUUUUAAUUGACAAACAUUGCUUUACAGGUACCGGAAGGAUGUCGUCGACGGUGGUAAAGAAUGCCGCGAAGGACGGCGACAGCGCCGGCGACGGCAGGGAGACUUGGUCGGGCAAGCUCGAUUUCUUGCUGUCGGUCAUCGGUUUCGCCGUCGAUCUCGCUAAUGUGUGGCGAUUUCCGUAUCUUUGCUACAAGAACGGUGGUGGUAAGUGCAUAUUUUCGCAAAUUCUUAUUUUUCCCAUACUGAAAAUGCAGAAAUUAAAUACUUUUUUUAAAAAGAACAGUUUUGUUACCGUGGAUGGAUCGUUUGUCAAAACAUUGAAAUGUUCUUGAUCAGGUAUCGGAUACGCGGUGGUUUUAAUCGCGUUUUACGUUGAUUUCUACUAUAACGUUAUCAUCGCCUGGUCACUCCGCUAUUUCUUCGCCUCAUUCUCGAUGAUGUUGCCGUGGACCACAUGUGACAAUGACUGGAACACGCCGCUGUGCCGUGAGUUCGACGCGAAUGUCUCGUACGCGUUCGAGGACGUGGUGACCAACGAGCUAAACGAAAAUUUUGGAAAUUCCACCCGACUCCUGGUCGAUCGAGGAUCGGAUGCGACUGCUGUUCAGAGCGCAACGGACAACCAUACAUUGUACACAAGCGCUGCGCAUGAAUAUUUCAAUCGCGCCAUUCUGGAGCUGCACGAAAGCGAGGGUUUACAUGAUCUUGGUGCCAUUAAGUGGGACAUCGCGCUAUGCUUGCUCGUGGUCUAUCUGAUCUGCUAUUUCUCCCUGUGGAAGGGCAUCUCGACUUCCGGCAAAGUAGUUUGGUUCACUGCUCUUUUCCCUUAUGCAGUUUUGCUAAUUUUGUUGAUAAGAGGUGUCACUUUACCGGGUAGUAUGGAGGGGAUCCGUUAUUAUCUCAGUCCAAAUUUCAGCGUUAUCACAAAGGCAGAGGUAUGGGUGGACGCGGCGACACAGGUAUUCUUCUCCCUAGGACCAGGAUUCGGAGUAUUGCUCGCUUAUGCGAGUUACAAUAAAUAUCACAACAACGUUUACAAAGAUGCCCUGCUGACCAGUUUGAUCAACAGCGCAACGUCUUUUGUCGCCGGAUUCGUCAUAUUUUCGGUACUUGGUUACAUGGCGCGUGCAAGCGGCAAAUCCAUUCAGGACGUCGCCACCGAAGGGCCCGGUCUAGUCUUUAUUGUUUAUCCGGCGGCCAUCGCUACAAUGCCCGGCUCGAUAUUCUGGGCGCUCAUCUUCUUCAUGAUGUUGCUCACGCUCGGUUUAGAUAGCUCGUUCGGAGGUUCGGAAGCAAUAAUAACGGCACUUAGCGACGAGUUUCCAAUGAUCGGCAAUAAUCGUGAGAUUUUCGUGGCGUGCUUAUUCACCUUAUAUUUUCUGGUUGGACUUGCCUCUUGCUCACAGGGCGGGUUUUACUUUUUCCACUUGCUGGAUCGAUACGCGGCCGGGUACUCGAUGCUGUUCGCCGUUCUGGCAGAAUCAAUCGCGGUCAGUUGGAUUUAUGGAACAGACCGAUUUUGCGCAGACAUCAAGGAUAUGAUCGGAUUCAAGCCCGGUAUCUAUUGGCGAGUAUGCUGGAAAUUCGUAGCACCACUUUUUCUUAUGUUUAUUAUCGUCUACGGUCUAAUAGGCUAUGAACCAUUAUCGUAUGAGGACUAUGUUUAUCCGGUCUGGGCAAAUAUAUUAGGUUGGCUGAUCGCAUGUUCUUCUAUUAUCAUGAUCCCAGGCAUGGCCAUCUACAAACUCAGCAUUACAUCCGGAUCUUUUGUUCAAAGGUUGAAGAUCCUAACGACACCAUGGCGGGACACGCAGCAUCAGAGAAACGAUCUGUCGUCGGUGGCGAAUGGCGCGAUUCGUCGAAGUUUCCUGGCCGAACAAGAUUUCGAAAUCACCAAGGAUCACGAGUUAACUAAGGAACAGACGGAGGUAAUGAUUCAAUCUAGAGAGAGUGUCAAGGGGAACGAUCCGCCCCCCGAAUCAGUCUAGGACAGUGCGGUUGUGAUUUUGCACGGUGCCCGGUUCCAAGUAUACCUUUGCUAGAGCACGAAUACCGAGCAAGGUCCUACGACAUCAAGUAACGAAUUCCACCGAUUCCAACAGACCAGGAUCAAUCUCUUUCACGGAUCGAUACACGACACUCGAGCACAUUCUACUUGAGUUCUUGGAGAUAUCGGCUUGACUGACGACGUUGAUCUACUCUUUCAAAUUUCCAUUUUGUUCUUCAUCCCCCUCGAUGAGAACGGGACCGAAAGUCUCUCCUCGUCUAUUCUAUCGAAGAAAACCAUUAUUGCGAUAUGAAUGAUAUAUACAUCGAAAAAUCUGAAGAAAAGGAUGGACAUCGUCGUCAGCCUCGCUUUUCCUAGAAAAGGGGCCUAAUCGGACUUCCUGUAGCGCGAUAACCCGCAUCUAUUGUAAAUAUAACAACGCACGUUACAGAG